CAAAAGUCGCGAUUGAUGGCACCAAGGGAUGCAAAUUACGCCGUACCAGGACCGCCCGUUAAGCUGUAAGCACGUCUAACGUUGCGCCAGCCCGCUAAUUAGCUCCGAUUCCCAGGUCAGGGCCACGCCCGCUCAAGAUAGGAACCAUUGGUUUGUUGAUUGUUCCGCUCCUCACUGCACCUCCAUGAUCGACUUGUCGUCUUCACUCCAUCCUGCUUCUCCUCAUCAACCCCAGCCACCCAAUUCCGAAGCGCUUACCCUUUGCUACGUCCAUUCCUCGCCGUGAAUUUCCAAGGUUCUCCGUUUUCAGUCUUCAUAUCAUUUCCUGUCAUUGCAUCCUAAACAUGGUUGUCGAGCUCCGGAAGCGAAAGGCGCCCGCUGCCCCUGCACCCGACCCACCCGCGAAGAAGAAGUCCGGUCCAAGGGUUUCAUCCAAGGUCGCAAAGGUCAAGGAAGUCGUCCAGGAGAAACUGUCGACCAAACCAGCAGGCGCCAAGGCCAAUGGAACGUCCACGUCCGCAAGCGCUCCAAAGGUAGGCGAUGUCAUCGACCUCGCGACGUUUGGUGGGAAAGUCACCACACACGAGGGGAAAGUGGUGACGUUGAAGAGCCUGGUAGAGGAUUCGGGGUCCGGUGUGGUCAUCUUCACUUAUCCGAGGGCCAGUACUCCUGGAUGCACAAAUCAAGUUUGCCUCUUCCGCGACUCAUAUACGCCCCUUACGGCCACCGGCCUCAAGAUAUAUGGCCUUUCCGGGGACUCCACAAAGGCAAACACCACCUUUGCGACCAAACAGAAGCUUCCCUACCCGCUCCUGUGUGACCCCGGGUUUGAUCUGAUCAAGUCUCUUGGUUUGAUGAAAUCGCCAAAAGGGACCAAACGGGGUGUCUUCGCGGUCGACAAGGCCGGAAAGGUGUUGGUACUCGAAGAAGGAGGUCCGGCGAAGACCGUGGACAUCGUGAAGGCGCUGGUCGAGGAGCUCAGCGACGAUGCGGCAGUCCCGUCCACGGAAGUCGACGUUGAUAAAUCUGCCCUGGAGCAAACGGAACCCGCGGAAACGGCUGCUGAGGUUGCUGAGAGCGCAGAAAAGGUGGAUGGUUGAUCGUUGCUGGGUGAUCUCGCUUGGUCUAUUAGUAUAGGAUGUGUAUGGGCGUUGGAGCGAUGCGAACGGCGAUAUUCUUGGGAGUUUGCUUGGCAAGUACCCAUUGUCGACGAGUUUGUUUCGUUACAUGGAGACUCUCAAAUUCAAUUUCACUGAAACAUAUUCGUCGUAUUGACUAAGCGAAUUCCAG